ACUUAUUCAAUGUCACACAGUCACUUGGAAUACGAAAUUCAACCAAGCUAACUAAAAUAAAAUAAACGUAAAGAAAUUCCAAGAUGACGUUUAUAAAGCAAUCGUGUACAAAAUUAGUAUUCAAUUUCUAUCCUAUUCUAACGAACAGUCAGAUACAAUGGCUACUAAAUUAUUAGUAUUGUUAUGUCUCUUGCAAGUUUUAGUAACAAAUUCACAAGAAAAUAAUUACCCGUCACUGAAGGAUAUUGCCAUACCAGCCGAUUUGGAUUUCUGCAACGAGACCGUUUGCACCCCACCGUGCCCGGGUGCUGCACCGCCGAAACGUUGUCCGAUAAACGUUCCGGUUUGCCACUUCGGUUGUGCCUGCCACACAGAUUGCAACGUCGGCAUCGUCUACUGCUUUGAAACCAAAGACUGCAUGGGGCCUCGACGCUUCUUCACCAAACAAAGAAGGGUCUCCAAGAUAGAAUGAUUAUUUCCUGAUAAUUAACAUCAUGUUUAACAAGUUGAAGAAUUCCGUCUGCUGAUCUGGUCGUCUUGUCCUUGUAUCGUGGGCGUCUGUAUCUGUACUAAGACUGGGAUUUCUUGAAAUAAUGCACUGGAAUUAAUCAUCAACAUGAUCAAAGAACACUUCAUCAUUAAUAAAUGUGGUGAUUUCUUAAAUUGUAUGCUAGGAGAUAUUCAUUACAAUUUGUAAUUGUGAUUUAUAUUUCUACACGUACAAUUUUUUGCGUAUUAAGAAAUUUUGAUCUAGUGUAAGCGGUUUUUAGCAGGCAGAUUCGCAGGUCUUUGACAGCAAUAAUUUAAAAUUCUUUGUUGACUAUAACUUUUGCCGUUGAUUGUAAUUCUGUUCGUCACUGGUUCGGGUCUUUCGUGAAGUAAACACUGGUUUAAAUUGUA